GAAGAGGAGGAGAACUAUAGAGAGGGAGAGGGAUAGAGACAGAGAGAAGGAGAGAGGAGUGACAGAGAGAGAGAGACAGUGUGUGACUGGUCAGGGAAGAGGGGAAACAGGAAAGGUCCGGGAGAGGUGGAGAGUUAUAGAGAGAGAGGGAUAGAGAAAAGGAGAGAGUGUGAUAGAGAGAGACAAGGAGAUUGAUAGAGGGAGUGAGAGAGAGAUUGGUAGAGACAGAGAGUGAUUUGAGAGGGGGAGAGUGAUAAAGCAGGGGGAGAGUGAUAAAGCAGAGGGAGAGUCACAGGAAGUCACACAGAGUGAAGAGAGGGGUAAAGAGUUAUAGAGUGUUAGAAAGAGAGAACACACUGGGGCGACAAUGUCAUAGAGUCGGAGGGUGAUUAAAAAGACUCAUAGAAAGGGAGAAUGAUAGAUGUAGAGAAAGCACACUAGGCAAAAUUAGAGCUGUAGACACAGUGGUAGAGAGUUAUUGUGCUAAAAUGGGGCACAAUGCACUUGAGUGAUUAAGACAAACAAUAGAGUUCAGUGUUCCAAAGAGUGAGGCAGGCAGAAAUAAUGUUAGAGAGUUUCUGACAGGCACAAAUUAGAUCAGAGAAUAUAUGAAAACACGAGUUGGACUGAGCAUGUUAGGGAGGGCAGAAGGCUAAGUAUUAGAGAGGCAUAGGCUAUGUAGGAAAAGUGACAGCUUGUAAAAAAAAGUAUAAGAUAGUGUGGGAAGGCUACUCAGUAUAUAAGUAUCAAUGACCAAGAAAGUGUACCUGAGCUAGAGGCUAUGUUGGAAAUAUGAAGAUGUGGUUUCCGAGUAAGACAUGUAGACAAAAGUAUUGAAAGAGAAAAACCGUAUUAAAAAAGGGAUCCCUACCUAACGAUUCACUAUGACUACACCACUGGUUCAGGCCCAUCACAUUUUUGGGUUACGAUCCUCUGUUGUUAAUAAUGUUUUGUACUUUGAUGAUCAAAGCAUAAUAUACCCAGCUGGAAGCAACUGUGUGCGUUACAAUGUUGACCAGAAAUGGCAGAAAUUCAUUCCAGGUUCUGAAAAAAGCCAAGGGAUGUUGGUUCUUGCUUUUAGCCCCAAUCACCGAUACCUGGCUGUUUCUGAAAAGGGUGAAAAAGCCACAGUGACUAUAUAUGAUGUACAGCAUGAUCAAAGCAGAAAGAAAAAGUCACUAAGUGUCAAUGAUCUUCACGCUCAAGAGUUUAUCAGUAUUGCCUUUUCGCCAGACUCCAAAUACUUGAUUGCACAAUCUGGGACACCUGAUUGGACGCUGAUCUACUGGUUAUGGAAGAAACAGAAAAUCAUAGGUGUUAUGAAAACUACCACAAACACAAACCCUAUCUACCAGAUCAGCUUCAACCCUCAAGAUAACACACAGAUCUGUUUGGUUGGGGAUGGUAUUUUAAAACUCUUACGAUAUUCUGAUGGAAAUCUCAAACAAACAAACUUCCAAAAGUUUGAACUACAGAACUUUCUCGCACAUUCAUGGAUGCCUGAGGAUCACAUCAUUGUUGGCACUGACACAGGAAAACUUUACCUGUUUGAGUUGGCGGAACUGCGCUGGGAGUACACUAUGGUACUAGAUGUCAGAAAGUCUGCCUCUAUCAGUCAUAUGCCUCCCCCUCCACUUCCUGAAGCUAAAGUGUCAGCAAUCACAACUUAUUCCAAAGGGUUUAUGUGCUCUGCUGGACCUGGUGUAGUGUAUAUGUUUGAAAGAGGAGAGGAGAAGGAUACCUUUAAAAAAACGAGGGCGAUUAGGAUUCCACAGGAUCCAUACAGCACAGAUCCAACCCACGCAGAACAGCAAGAGAUUUCAACUCUUGCCCUCAGUCCCUCAGAGGAGGCGCUAAUUGCUAGCACAAAUAAGAACCAAUUGUACAGCAUCACGUUAUCUUCCGCUGAAAUAAAUAAGAGCGAGCUGGCACAUUUUGAAUUUCUCUGUCAAUCAUUCCACUCCAAUGUCAUCACAGGCUUGGAUAUCUGCAUUCGAAAACCCCUUGUUGCCACCAGUUCAGUGGAUAGAUCUAUACGCUUGUGGAACUAUGAGACGAAUGUUUUGGAGCUAUAUAAAGAGUUUCAGGAAGAAGCUUACAGUGUUGCUAUUCACCCAUCUGGUUUAUAUAUUCUUGUUGGAUUCUCGGACAAGUUACGACUUAUGAACUUGUUAAUUGAUGAUAUCCGAACCUUCAAAGAAUUCACAAUUCGAAGCUGUCGAGAGUGUGCCUUCAGCAAUGGUGGACAUGUGUUUGCAGUUGUGAAUGGAAAUGUCAUUCAUAUUCAUUCCACAACCACCUUUGAAAACCUGGUUAAUCUUAAAGGUCACAAUGGGAAGAUUCGUGCUAUUGUCUGGAAUUCAGAUGAUAGUAAGUUGAUUUCCUGUGGUAUGGAUGGUGCAGUGUAUGAAUGGAAUACACUGACCGGAAAGCGAGAAUUGGAGUGUGUACUGAAGUCCUGCAGUUACACUGACCUUUGUAUCACACCGGAUAGUAAAACCAUAUUUGCAGUGGGGUCUGAUCGAACUUUGAAAGAAAUUACUGAUUCCCAGAUUAUUCGGGAAGUUCCAUCGAAUGAUGUUGCAUAUACCUGUGUCGUUAUGUCACAUUCUGGGCGAAUGUUGUUCCUAGGCGCUGCAAACGGGACAGUACGGAGUAUGAAAAUCCCACUACCUGUAAAAUCAGAAUGGAAUGAGUAUCAGGCACAUUCUGGACCAAUCACCAAGAUGGUUGUUACCUUUGAUGACCUAUACCUGCUGACAGUUUCAGAGGAUGCAUGCUUCAUGAUCUGGAAGAUUAUCGAUAAAGAGGGACGGGUGCUGAAACGUGACAAAGAAGUUGGCCAUGCAGAAGAAAUCUUGAUCACAAAAUCGGAUUUGCAAGAAAAGAAUCAACUGACCUUGGAGUUAAAAACUCGUGUCGAGGAACUGAAGAUGGAGAAUGAAUAUCAGCUCAGACUGAAAGACAUGAAUUACAGUGACAAAAUCAAAGAAUUAACUGAGAAGUUCAUUCAGGAAAUGGAAUCUCUGAAAACAAAGAACCAGGUUUUGAAGACUGACAAAGACAAGAUUGAGUUAAAGCACAAGGAAGAUACAGUACUGAUCCUGGAUAGACAUGCAAAAGACAUUGAAGACUUAGAGAGCGUGAACAACCAGAAACUGAUGUUGGAAUAUGAAAAAUACCAGGAGCUACAGCUCAAAUCCCAGCGAAUGCAGGAAGAUUAUGAAAGACAGCUCAAUGAAAUGGAUGAGAGCAAGAUCCAAGCAUUAGAGGAAUUGACAGAAUAUUAUGAGACCAAACUCCAGGAAAAGGGUAAACUUAUUGAACAGCUGCAGGAAGAGUCCAGGCAACAGAUUAAAGAAUCUGAUGAAACAAAGAAACAGAUAGAAGAGGAUGCUGACCGUGAAAUACAGGACAUUAAAAUUAAAUAUGAACGAAAUCUUAGAGACGAAAAAGAGGCAAAUCUCCGGUUGAAGGGAGAGACAGGAAUCAUGAGAAAAAAGUUUACCAGUUUGCAGAAAGAAAUUGAAGACAAGCAGGGAGAGAUUGAGAAGUUGAAGAGUGAACACCAAAAACUACAUGGAGUUAUCAGGUCACUGGAGAAAGACAUCCAAGGUCUCAAGAAAGAAAUCUUAGAACGUGAUGAAACUAUUCAGGACAAGGAAAAGCGCAUCUAUGAUCUCAAGAAAAAGAAUCAAGAACUGGAAAAGUUUAAAUUUGUUCUGGAUUACAAAAUUAAAGAACUUAAAAAACAGAUUGAGCCGCGAGAAAAUGAUAUAAAAGAAAUGAAAGAGCAAAUACAGCAAAUGGAAACUGAAUUGGAGCUGUUUCAUAAACAUAACGCCCAGCUGGAACUUAAUAUUGGAGAACUCAAACAGAAACUAAAAGCAACAGAAGCAGAGAUGCGUAAAGAGAUGGAGAAGGUGCGAAAUGUAGAGUCUGUUGUCAAACGUUUUAAGACAGAUUUGUACAACUGUGUAGCAUUUAUUCAGGAUCCAAAGAAACUGAAAGAUAGUGUGUGGCAACUCUAUGAGAAAUACGUGCCACAGUCAGAAGUGUUUGAAAUUGCAGCUGUUGACUCGGACAUUCAGAAGGAGUUUGGGCGACAAAGAAACCACUUAGAAAAAAGUAUUGCAACAUUACAAAAGAAACUGUUGAAGGACACAGAGAUUCACCGUGCUGACAAUGUCCAUAUUAUGCAGGAAAAUGUAGCUCUUAUCAAGGAGAUUAAUGACCUGCGGCAUGAGCUGAAGGUUGCUCGAAUAAAGGUGCAUGAUCUGGAAGUAGCUCUUGGAACUCUUAAGAAGAAUAAGAAACCAUGUGCUGUUGAUUUUAAAGAUAAUUGCUCACGGAAUGCAGUCACACGUCUUAAUUUUGAUCAUGAGUCGGAACGGAUCAUUGAACUUCAGCGACUGGAAAUUAAACAACUUCAGGAACAAAAUCAACCAAAGGAGGAUGUCCAGCACCAAUCUAGUGGAAUAUUACCUGCAAUUACUAUUUAAUUAACAUUUCAAAUAUGUGAGAAAUCUGUGCGGCGGCAUGUACAUCUUUCCUUGUAUGCACACAAUGAACUAUCAACACAUUUUUUGAUGAACUAUGCUCCAUAUUAAUUUAGUUUAUUCUGUCCUUUCAAAAGCUGCUUGUCUACUGAAUAAUCCCAUCUGUUUCCAAACAAUGAAGUCACCAAUAUUUAAAGGGUAUAUUAUUAAACUUUUACAAUAUCUGUGUUCCAUUAAGAAAAAAAAAUUCCCAAUUAAUAGAAUAGUUCACUUACUGUAUUUGUUCAAAUUAGAUUCUUCAUUUCAGCAAAUUAAAUCAGUCAUAUUAAACUAAUUGGACCUGUGUUCAGAGACUUUUAUCAUUUUUUAUUAAAAGGUGGAGAAGUCUGAUUAUGCUACAUACAUCUGAAAUUGAAGAAUGCGCAACACAGCAAAGAAAUGUGAAAGUUUGUAUCAAUAUUUAACAACAAAUUAACUGCAACUGGAAGUUGCAUGUAUUGUUCGUUCUCGUGUUAAUGUCUGUACCUGCUCAGCAGUUCCCUCUGGUGGAAUCUGUAUACUUUCAAUUUUGGUCUGUAGCUUAUUUUGUGUGGUAACGUUGUGAGCUGGGUUUUCAGCACAAUGUGGGAAACAGUAGAGAAGUCUGUUUCUGUGUCAGCAACCUGUCUCCAGUGGUAAAUGAAUAAAAAUUUAUUCCUUGUGUGA